CUGGCAUAAACAGGGCUCACCUCAACGUCCAUGGCAGUUGUGGUAUAAGAUCUGGGUCGAAUGACCCGCGCACGAACUUGACUCCCGCUAUAUUGUCGGCACUUCUAUAUCCUCCUCGCCGCCUGCCGACACACCGAAAUCUGUUGUGGCAUCUUCUUGUGGCGGUGCAAUUUUCGAAUCCUUGAUCGUUUUUGCUAUUUGGGCCGUUGUUGUCUGUCGCGACAACAUCUGAAAACACCGUUCAGCUGCAGCCAUUCCCCGACAUCUCGGCCACCAAGUCAUCAUGAUAACACCACGCUUUUCGUGCUCACAGACAGAGAAAUCUGUCACAGUGUCGGUGUACUGCCCUUCUGUUCGUGCAUCCGACGUCGAGAUAAACGUGGAUGAUACACUGUUCACCUUGCACAUAACCCCUUAUUAUCUGCGCCUUAACUUCCCCCACGCGCUGCAAGAAGAUGAUGAAGCCUCGGCACAGUACGAUCCGGGUUCGGGCUUUCUAGAUGUCAUCUUGACGAAGGCCUUGCCCGGACAGCAUUUCGAGGACCUGGAUCUCCUUGCAAAACUGCUUGCGCCUCGACUGGCAGAACAACCGUCUCAAGGCCCAUUGAUAGAGGUGUUAGGCACCCAAAAUGCUGUAGAACCGGCAGAAGACGACUUGGUCACCCGGACGGAGGGUCUCAGCCUGGAACAACAGGAAAUAUUGGAAGCUGCUGCGAAUGAUUGGCAGCUAAGACAAGAUGUCUCCGAGCCUCUCGACACAUUCAAAAUAACGCCUCAGGAGCGCUAUGGCUUCUUGGACAUGUACACAGGGUAUUUUCAGCAUAUAGAGCACACGCCAAACGAGAUUAACGAGCUCGGCGCGGAGGUAGAGACGUGCCCUCCGACUGAGCGGAGAAAAAGGCGGCAGCAACACGAAGAGGAAAGAUGGGACGAAGAGCAUUAUAUGGCUGAUUUUGCGGACGAUGAGUACAUCCAGGAGCUUGUUCGCUGGACGCAUCCACAUGCUGUGCCCGUCGCUGACUUCCAGUACACGGAAGCAGAGAACAUGAAAAUGCUGCAGCUGCCGCGAAAAGAAUACCUUGCUACGCCAUACCAGACACAUCAGCUCUACUUGACACUGCUCACACUCCUGUUCGCGUACGCUUACGAGUCGCGGACCACUCAGCUCGACCCAACCCCAGAGAGCGGCUGGACUAUCAGCUCUCUCGUACCUGCAUUUUCGGCUUUGGACCCCCCGCCCUACUCGCCGACGUCACAUCUCAGCCCAGAGACAUUUGACCUCUCCGAAAUGGCAGCGACGUUCACCGUGUCUUAUCGGCGGUCGCUGACCUUCCCGCUCUUCCGGUCGUGGGUCCUCGCAGAGCGGUGUCGCGCAGACGUCGCCGCUUUCCUACGCGCCGGGAGACGAUCGGUCGUCCGGUGCUUGUUGGAGAUAAAGGAUAUUCUCGACCACCACGAGGUGUACUACGUCUACAGCAAAAUCUGGGUCGACGAUUUUUGCGUGUGGGUCCAGUCUGCAAGGUACGCCCAGCUGGCAGACUCUGUGGCGUCGCUCAAGAUGGAGAAGAGCUACAUCGACUGGAACCUAGAGGAGCUGGAGAGGCUGACACAGGAGGACCUGGAGCGAUCAACCGACAGCGACGACGAAUCAGAAGACGAGGUAGAACGCAUGUUGCCGGCUCCUCUCUGACCUUCGGACAUAGUGCGUAACUUCACUUGCUGUGAUACGUGCGGCCAUUUCGAGGUUCGAAAAUGCCACGAUUUGUGCAUUAGCUUGUCGCCGCGGUGACCAGUUUGAUUCCAAAGGCGGAGAUGGUACGACAGAGUGUAUUGUCACUAGGCUGGCAUCCGGGCCUUCUAUUCGCAUCCAAUACUACCGUAGAAUUGAAAUCGGUGUCUGAACCUUUGGGCAAUAAACGUAUUUUG